UAGUUUAUAAUCCAAUACCUUGCGAUGACAUAGAUGAGUACAGUGAUUACGAAAGAAAAAAAAAUAGCUGGUUUCCUUUCAUUUUCCUUGGGCCAUUCCCGUUCUGAACUGGACUUGCAUAAAUAGAGAACAAAUAGUCAAUCCAAGGAGAAGCAACUCAAGAGUUGAACGCAAUGGGUGCCCUCUCGUGGGCGGCUGACGCGGUGGUGGUGAUCUACUCUCUCACCGUGGCCAUCACUGCACCGCUAGUCGUCGCACAGGGCAUCCUCCCGCGCCGCCUCUUCCCGGCGCCGCUUGUGGCCUUCAAGCUGUGGUACGCGGUGAAGUUCGACGACUACCUCACCGCCGAGCCACCGGCUUUCUUCCGCGGGCUUAACUGGCUGGAGCUCGUCUUCCAAUGGCCGCUCAACGUUGCCAACGUCUACGGCAUCCUUGCCGGCCGCCCAUGGGCCGCCACCACAUCCCUGAUGGCCGGCGUCUCUACCCUCACCUCCAUGGCUGCGAUACUUGGAGACAUUCUGGGAUCAGGGAGAGCGACCAAGAAAUUGCUUCUGGUCUAUGUCCCUUACGUUGCUUUCGCCGUCAUCGCGAUUCUUCGUGGGCUCGCCUCAGGCUCAAGAUCUCCAGCGGGUUCUCUUGCAUCUUAUGCUUGGAAGAAAAUCAUCUAGUACUUAUUUCUUUUGUUAUGCUGUACCCACAACCAUGUAACCAGGGAGGAGUUCGUGAUCAUCACAAUCUUCCUUGUACAAUGGAUUAGAGCAUUAUCAUAUUUCUCUUUACAUAUCCGCUUGGAAAAUUGUUUAGGUUUUGGCUGAAAUCAGUCGCGAGGACGGGCUCCUCGAAGACUACAGGCUACGCCAGUUGGUGUCGUUCGUUGCUGCCAAGGGAUUAACAUUAUGUGAAAUCCUUGUUUCACACCCUUCAUAUCUCCACUUCGUUUUUCUUUCAA